CGCCCCGGGCGGCUCGGCGGGCGGGCCGCGGCGGCACGCCGCGGCGCUCGGCGCCACGGCGCUCGGCGCCGCGGCGGGGCUCGCGGCGCCGCCCGCGGCGAGGCUGCGCGCCCGGGGCGCGGCGCGCUGCCGGCGGCGCGGGGGCGGCCUGGCGGUGGACGUGGCCGUGGGCCAGCGGGCCAGGGAGGGGAAGGGGGCCAAGCCAGCCGCGGAGCCGCCGCGGCCGCAGCCUGCCGCCUCCCCGGCCGCGCGGGCGACGGCGCAGGAGGACCUGCCCGACCCAGUUGAGGCCAGCACCGCGCGGCAGCAGGCCGCGCGGGAGGUGCCCGAGGACGAGGACCUCGGCAGGCUCCGGCGGCUCUGGGUGGAGGAGGUCCGACCCGGGCUGGGCCCGGAGGCGGAGGAGGACCCGUACUUGUCGCCGCCAGAGGGGCCGGACAGGCUCCUCGCGCGUUUCUUGCAGGCCGAGCGCAACCAGCGGGCCAAGGACCCCGUGCGGAGCGCCGCAGAGAGGCUGAGGAAGACGGCGGAGUUCCGCAGGGAGUACCGGUGUGUGGACUUCCACCGGAGGGGGAUGGCCCGUAAGCUCCUCAUGCACGGGAGCAACGCGGGCGCCAGUGCAUAUUUCGGGGACUACGGCCUGCGGGACCGCGAUGGGGAGCCCGUUCUGGUAGGCCGGACCUCGCUGAUGACCUCCAGCGAUGCCCCAGGGCGGAAGCCGUCCGACACCAUGAUCCCAUGCACGCACCUGCGCGCCGCCUGCUUCGUCGUGGAGCGGGCCGCCGCCGAGAUAAAGAGCAAGGGCUCCUACAUCUGUGACGUCGGGGCGUUCCCAGACAGCGAGAUGGCAGAUUUCGCGUUCACCCGGUACUGGGAUGCCGACGGAGCGCCGGACGAUUCCCGGUGUAUCCAGGAGAGGCGGCGGCCAGACCCCAGCGUGGGCCCGCACCUGCCCGAUCACGAGACGAUGCCGGAGGGCCUGCCGGUGCUGAGGGAGUCGUUGCGGCUCGUGACGACGCACUAUCCGGAGCUCCUCAAGAAGGUCUACUUCUACCGCCCGGGGUUUGUGUUCCGCGCCAUCUUCAACAUCUUCUCGCUCUGGGUGCCCGAGGCGACCCGCGCAAAGUUCGUCUUGGUCAGCGAGGGCGAGGAGCACAAGCACUUCCUGGCCCCGGACGCCUGCGACCCGGCGGAGGUGCCGGUCGAGCUGGGCGGCAGAGGCCCCUCGCUGUGCGGCGACCGCUUCGUCAUGAGGGCCCUGGAGCGGUACGACGAGACGGCGACCCUGCCCGAGUCCUGA